AUGGCUUGGGCACAGGUUGAAAACCAUCAAGGUCAAGCACAGCUUGCAGAGCUGUGCAAGGUGCUGGUCAGAGAGUUUUGUCUGGACCCUGACAGCAAGAUCACCACCACGGGUGUGUGGGUCUCCCUCAUCUGCCCACUGAUGAGUGAGAAGAAGCCCACCUGGAUGUGUCCUGUGUGCGGCAAGCCGGCUCCCUAUGACCAGCUCAUCACUGACGGGCUCCUCUCCAAGAUCCUAAGUGAGUGUGAGGAUGCCAAUGAGAUCAAGUACCUGGUGGAUGGCUCUUGGUGGAGGAUGAGGAAGAGGAUGAGGAGGAGGGCCCCUGGCCCAAGCAACAGUGUCUCUUCUAGAAGGUCCUGGUGUUGGCUUACUGACUGCUUGUGGCCGCCACCACCACCACCACCACCACCACAGACUGGAUAUUCGACUUUCCUGGUGCUCACCCACACAGAGGAGGCACAGGCGGGUCUUGGGUUCCCAGCCCCAGGUACCUUGACAGUUUUCCCUUUACAGCUCUUCAGCCUCUGCUGGGUGCUCUCGGUGGCCCAGAGCAAGACAGUGCGAUACAGCACCUUCGAGGAGGACGCCCCCGGCACGGUCAUCGGGACCCUGGCCGAGGACCUGCAUAUGAAAGUGUCCGGAGACACCAGCUUCCGCCUGAUGAAGCAGUUCAACAGCUCGCUGCUCCGGGUGCGCGAGGGCGACGGGCAGCUGACCGUCGGGGACGCGGGCCUGGACCGCGAGCGGCUGUGCGGCCAAGCGCCACAGUGCGUGCUGGCCUUCGACGUGGUCAGCUUCUCCCAGGAGCAGUUCCGGCUGGUGCACGUGGAGGUGGAGGUGAGGGACAUCAACGACCACGCGCCGCGCUUCCCCCGGGCCCAGAUCCCCGUGGAGGUGUCCGAGGGCGCGGCCGUGGGCACGCGCAUCCCCCUGGAGGUGCCGGUGGACGAGGACGUGGGGGCCAACGGACUGCAGAGCGUGCGCCUGGCCGAGCCUCACAGCCCCUUCCGCGUGGAACUGCAGACGCGCGCGGACGACGCCCAGUGCGCGGACCUGGUGCUGCUGCAGGAGCUGGACCGCGAGAGCCAGGCCGCCUACAGCCUGGAGCUGGUGGCCCAGGACGGCGGCCGCCCGCCACGCUCCGCCACGGCCGCCCUCAGCGUGCGAGUGCUGGACGCCAACGACCACAGCCCGGCCUUCCCGCAGGGCGCGGUGGCCGAAGUGGAGCUGGCGGAGGACGCGCCCGUGGGCUCGCUGCUGCUCGACCUGGACGCGGCGGACCCCGACGAGAGCCUCAACGGCGACGUGGUGUUCACCUUCGGUGCCCGCACCAGGCCCGAGGCGCGCCACCUCUGCCGCCUGGACCCGCGCUCGGGCCGCCUCACCCUGGCAGGACCCGUGGACUACGAGCGCCAGGACACCUACGAGCUGGACGUGCGCGCCCAGGACCGCGGCCCCGGGCCCUGGGCGUCCACCUGCAAGGUCAUCGUGCGCAUCCGCGACGUCAACGACAACGCUCCGGACAUCGCCAUCACCCCGCUGGCCGCCCCGGGCGCACCCGCCGCCUCUCCCUUCGCCGCGGCCGCCGCCGCCGCUCUCGGGGGUGCGGACGCGACCUCGCCCACCGGGCCCGGGACGCCGGAGGCGGGCGCCGUCUCCCUGGUGCCGGAGGGGGCGGCGCGCGAGAGCCUGGUGGCGCUGGUCAGCACCUCGGACAGGGACUCGGGCGCCAACGGGCAGGUGCGCUGCGCCCUCUACGGGCACGAGCACUUCCGGCUGCAGCCGGCCUACGCGGGCAGCUACCUGGUGGUGACCGCGGCGUCGCUGGACCGCGAGCGCAUCGCCGAGUACAACCUGACGCUGGUGGCCGAGGACCGCGGCGCGCCCCCGCUACGCACCGUGCGGCCCUACACCGUGCGCGUGAGCGACGAGAACGACAACGCGCCGCUCUUCACGCGGCCAGUCUACGAGGUGUCGGUGCGUGAGAACAACCCGCCCGGCGCCUACCUGGCCACGGUGGCCGCGCGGGACCCGGACCUGGGCCGCAACGGCCAGGUUACCUACCGGCUGCUGGAGGCAGAACUGGAGCUGAACGCGCUCGACGGUGGCUCUCCGCCGCGCCGGGGCCGGCUGUGCUGUGGCUACCUGUGCAGCACCAGGAUGACCACGCACACUGCCACUGUCUUCAGUGGCUCAGCCCAGCUGCCUCUGACCCAGGGCGCUCCGCUGGGCUACUGGGUGACCCGCCUGCAGACCAAGGCCCCGACGCCGAGCUAA